GUCAGGCGGCGGAAGUGACGUAUUGCCGGUUUCCGGUCGGGUCUCGCAGUGUCAUUGUACGGAAAGAUGAUGAUGGACGGCUCUGAGAUGAGAAUGUUCCCCGGAGGACCGGCCCCGGGAGAGCUCCACUCCUUCCCCGGGAUGGGACCCCACCGACACACCCUGAACCCCAUGGUGACGGGAACCUCAGUGUUGGGGGUGAAGUAUGACGGGGGGGUGAUGAUCGCGGCGGACAUGUUGGGCUCCUACGGCUCUCUGGCGCGAUUCCGGAACAUCUCCAGGAUCAUGAAGGUGAAUUCCUGCACCAUGCUGGGGGCGUCCGGGGAUUACGCCGACUACCAACACCUCAAACAGAUCAUGGAGCAGAUGGUGAUUGAUGAAGAGCUGGUUGGGGACGGACACAACUACAGCCCCAAAGCCCUCCACUCCUGGCUCACCCGCGUCAUGUACAACCGCCGCAGCAAGAUGAACCCGCUAUGGAACACCGUGGUGCUGGCCGGAUUCUACAACGGGGAAAGUUUCCUGGGCUAUGUAGACAAACUGGGCGUGGCUUAUGAGGCACCAACGAUAGCCACCGGCUUUGGAGCGUACCUGGCACAGCCGAUGAUGCGAGACGUCGUCGACAACAAACCCAACCUGACGCAGGAAGAGGCUCGGCGGCUGAUCGAACGUUGUAUGAAGGUCCUGUACUACAGAGAUGCCCGAUCCUACAACAGAUACGAAAUCGCCACGGUCACCGCCAGCGGAGUGGAGAUCGAGGGGCCGCUGUCCUCCGAGACCAACUGGGAGAUCGCUCACCUCAUCAAGGGCUUUGAAUAAAUACAGAAGACUCAGGCUCUGCCCCCCAAACAUUCUCCUCCUCCUGUUGCUGAUUUUUCUUUUUUUAUAUAUGAAAUAAAUCUAAUAAGUGAUUUGUUGGAA